GCGUGAUCUCCCGCCCGCCCGCCGCUGCCGCUGCCGCUGCCAUCGACAUGCAGUCGCCGGCGGUGCUCGUCACCUCCAGACAAGUUCAGAAUGUCCACACAGGCCUUGACCUGACCGUUCCACAGCACCAGGAAGUGCGGGGCAAGAUGAUGUCCGGCCACGUGGAGUACCAGAUUCUGGUGGUGACCCGGCUGGCAGCUUUCAAGUUGCCCAAGCACAAACCUGAGGAUGUUGUCCAGUUCCUGGUCUCCAAAAAAUACAGCGAGAUUGAGGAAUUUUACCAGAAACUAAGCAGUCGUUACCCAGCAGCCAACCUGCCCCCGCUGCCCAGGAAGGUCCUGUUUGUUGGGGACUCUGACAUCCGAGAAAGGAGGACCAUGUUCAAUGAGAUCCUGCGCUGUAUCUCCAAGGAUACCCAGUUGGCAGGCAGCCAAGAGCUGCUAGAAUUCUUAGGCACCAGGUCCACAGGGGCUGUGAGCUUGGCCAGCAGAGAUCCCUCUAUCCUGGAUAACACGGCCAGCCAGACAGGGGACAAAGAGGAGGCUUUUGACUUCUUUGAGCAGCAAGACCAAGUGACAACUGAGGGGCCACCCAUUCUGGGGCUAAGGGACAAGGAUGCACAGAAGUCCUUGGAGGAAGAGGAGGAAGUGCUGGAUCCCCUGGGCAUCAUGCGCUCCAAGAAGCCCAAGAAAUGCCCAGAAGUGGCUAUGAAACCCAAGCCCUCACCCCGGCUCACCAUCUUUGAUGAGGAGGCGGACUCUGAUGAAGCGCUUUUCGGCCCAGACAGGAAGCUGUCCCUCCAGAAGACUUCAGAAAACACACCAGGGGACUCCCUGAAGCUGUUUGAUGACCCUGACCUUGGUGGAGCUGUCCCUCUGGGUGACCCCUUACUGCUGCCAGCUGCCUAUGAGGAUGGGGGACCCAUAUCCUGUCUAGGACAUAGGGAUGCCUCCAAGGAGCUGUUCAGAAUUGAAGAGGACUUGGACCAGAUUCUGAACCUGGGAGCUGAAUCCAAACCCAAGCCCCAGAUCCAGCCCAAGCCUAAGCCCACAGUAGCAGCUAAACCUGCAUUGCCCAGAAAACCAGCCCUGCCCUGCUCCAAGGACCCAGCUGAAGCUGCUGUAGGAACACAGAAGCAGCAACAGAUCCAAGCCAUGGAUGAAAUGGACAUCUUGCAGUAUAUCCAGGAUCAUGACAUGCCUGCUCAGUCUGCACCCAGCCUCUUUUGACCUUCAGCCCUGCUGGGCCUGGGACUGCCACACCUUCCUGGGUAGGCCUGUCUGUGAGUAAGUGGGCUCUGCCUUCAGGGCCAGGACCUGCAACUCUGGAUGGAGGUGGAAGCCUGGGCCACAGGACCCACUUCUACAUCAUUUCCUUUUCUCCUGUGCUACGAGCUCAAUGAGGGGAGGGUACCAUAGGGAUCAAAGGCCACAUUGUCCCAGCCCAACCUGCUGUGGAGAGUAAGUGUGGGCAUGCCUUGCUGCAUAGGAAUUUGUCCCCAAGGUGGAAUGAGACCCAAGAGGUCCCCAUGUCAAUGUCCUCUGGGCCAGAGAAACCUCUUACCCACUUGUACCCGCUGGCUCUGGCAGCCCAACAUAGGAAGGAGGGCCUGACUAGCCUGAGCCUGGGCUAGAAUAAGGGAAUGCCAGUGCCGUGGCUGGCUGCUGAGGCCCAAGGAGGACUCUGAGCAAAAGAGGCCAACCAUCCAGAUUGACCUGACAGGUUCAUUCAGAGCCUCCUUUGGUUUCCAGUGCUAAGGGGAGAAGCCAGGCCCAGCCCUAACAUCCCCUUCCUUCUCAGGAGGGACCUGGCCAGCCCAUGGCCCCCUUAAGGUAGCAUCUACCAUUGCAGCUCUCAGCAAAAUGGACCACAGCAUCAUUCAGAGUUUGCCUGGAGUUUGGAAUGCUGCCUUCUAUUCCCCAUGUGGUAUACCAUUGUCAGGAUUAUGCUGCAAGGCCCUGCUUAGCUGCAGGGUCUGAACUUGUUCAGUGCCCUUCUCCAGUAGAGCAGCCAGCCCAGAGCAAUGGAGCUGUGCACCAGGGUGGGCCCCAUGCCUCAGACUUCCUACUGAGUGAAUGAAGCUACAUGGAGCACAGAAUGUUAAAUGGUCUUCCUUGGAUAUAUUCUUCACAUUUAAAACCAACGUUUCAUAAAACAUGAUAGUUUUUCACACUGCAGUCAUUUUAUUCCUUGGCUCUCUCCUGCUUGACAAGGUUGAAAGGGCCCAGUUGGGUCCAGGAGCUUUGAGACCUUGCAGGCCAGUUGUUUGCUGCUGUGAGGCUCUGGGAUCCCCAGAUCCUCCUAGUGAAGAACAAUGCCAGGCUGGGAGCACCAAAUCUGACCUGUUCUGCAUCUUGCCAUGCCCCUUGUUGUCUAGCUAGUCUAAGGCAAGCCACCUUCCUGAGCCAAGUUAGUGGGCAUAGGUGGUGCUGGGUGAAGGCCAAAGUUCUCCUAGCUCUAGAAUAGUGUCCACCAUGGCUCCUACUUCCCUUUCACCAGCAGGCAUUCACAUCUUCCACCCCUUGGUACCCAGCAACCAGUUCAGUGCCCUACACCCCUGCUGAUUGCAGGGGAGGGUGUCAGUAGAAGGGGUGAGACCAUGUGGCCCAGUCUUGCUCUGUGACUGGCUCCAGGCCUCUGCGGACCCUUCCCACUCUCUACCCUCUUACCUGUGACUUGGCCACAAGCUCCCUCCCUAACCUGCUUCGGGAGGCAGUUGACAUAGGAGCACAGGGUACAGCAAGCAAGAUGACCAUGGUACCAGUGGCCUGGCUGGGCUCCCUGACAGGACCUAGCUACCACUCUGUUGUGGGUUUGUCUGCUGUGGGGCUAGCCUGCAUAGCCUGGAGCUCUUCACACACCCUGGUAUAGGUUUUCUCUCCUCAGACACCAAUACUCAGUACCAAGUUGUGGCUUUUUUCACCAUAGGUCUGUGGCCUACAGCCACCUGUUAUUACCCAGUCACCCAGUAAAGCUUGUUUGUAUAACUAAA